CAAACAAGCCGCAUUUGGUUCGCAGGUCCGUCCCCUCUCCUGCUCUCUAGUCUCCUCGCCCUCUGUUCCUCCAACCACCCUCCAAACCCUACCCUUCUCGAAGCUUCCAGAGCCCCUGGUGCUCGAGCCCUCCAUGGCCCCCUCCGCCUCCGCUCUCUCCUGCUCCACCCCCGACCCCUCGCGCUCCGGGUGGUCCUCUCUGCGGCCGCAGCUGGACCUCCAAUCCGCGCUCCUGUCCGAGGACGCCGCCGGCGACGCUCGGGCCGUCGCGGAGCUCCUCAAUGCCGCGCUGGAGGGGGACCUCCCCCGCGCGAAGAAGCUGACGAAGGAGCUGAGGAAGGCAGGGAAGGGCGUCGCCGAGGCGGUGGCGGACGCCGUCGGCAUGCCCGAGAGCAAGCGUCGCGGGCCGCUCCACCUGGCCGCGGCGACCGGGAAGGUGGAGAUGUGCAAGUUCCUCAUCAGGACUUGCGAGGUCGACGUCAACGCGACCGAUGUUGAUGGUGCGACUCCUCUAAUUUUUGCAAUACAAGGUAUGGGAUCUACAGCUGUGGUGAAGCUUCUUCUCAGUUAUGAAGCUGAUCCGAACAAAGCAGACAGCGGUGGGAUUGCUCCUCUCCAUAUUGCAGCAGAACGAGAUUCCUAUGAAGUAGCAGAGCUUUUAUUGUCCAAAGGAGCUAAGGUUGACCCCAUAUGUGAAAGUGGCGAAGCACCACUACAUGUUGCUGCUGCGUAUGGAAAUGCAAGAGUGUUGAAAUUGUUGUUGGAGCAUAAUGCCGAUGAGAAAGUGCAAAGUGUGCCCAGAGAGCAACCUAUGACAGCACCUCAACUACAUGAUCCUCCACGUUCGGGUCAUCCAUCAAACAUUUCUUCAGGUGGUAUGGGCAUAGCAUUGGAUGACGACAUUGGCAUUCCUGAAUACUCUGAAUAUGACGAUAGUGAAGUGGCAAACUUAUUUGUGAAGGUGAACUCUAAGGAGUUGAAAGCAAUUUUGUCAAAAUACAAAAUAGAUGCAACAGGAAAUAAGGAAGAAGUCUGGAGAAGGGCAAAUAAGGAGCUUAAGCUAGAAGAGCUGAAGCAAAGGGAACUCAGGUUGUUGUGCGCUGCAAAUGAUAUUCACCAAAACAAGGACACAAAUGCGGAAAUGAUUUCAAAACUGAAGAAUCAUAAGAAAAGUCUAUUGCUUGCGAUGCGUAGGCAAAAGUUUAUGAUAGAACUCCGGGAACACAACAAACAAUUGCGAAUUUCUUUGAAUAACGAAUUAGAUACAAAUCUUUCAGAAUUGGAUGCAUUCAGCAUGCUUGUGGAAUUAAAGGAGUAUUUUUUGAAAGAACAUGCUUCGCUAGAGCUCUCCUACCGGUUCGAGGAAAAAGAAUGUGCUUCGCUAGAGAAGCAACUAAAGAUAGAGGAAACUGAAAAAAGGGCAUAUUUAAGGAAGGAAAGUUUGCCUACAAAGUGCAAGGAAAAAGCUGAGUAUGAGGAGAAGCUACUACUGGAGGAUAGACAGAAACGUCUUAAACUUGUUCUAGCAGAAAAGAAGGUUCAGGAGGAAUUAUCCAAAAAGAUAGAAGACGAAAUAGCUGUUCUAACAGAAAAGAAGGUCAGGACGAAUUGUCCAAAAAGAUAGACGACGAAAUAGCUGAAAUACAUUUAAAGAACGUCAGAUGCACAGGUACAUAUCACUGCUGUAAUUAAUGUAGUAGUUUUAGAUUUUUAGCUGUAAGGAAUGUGACAUCCUUCUAGGGAAGCUUCAUUACUAUUAUAUCCAUGAUUCUAGAUUUCUACUGAAUAUUUUAAAUAUCUAGGAAUAAGUCUACUUCACCCCUGCACCUGUUGUUAUAUUUAUAAGAUUUGUUUCCUUUUUGGAAACCCCCUCAUUAAGCAAAAAGGUUAAGAACUCUGGAGUACAUCAAGCGAAUGGCUUUAUGAGUCGAGAUAAGGGUCGGCAUGGUCAUAACUCUAUUCAAUCAUUUAAAUAAAGGUAUAUCUGUCAGGUGACUAUUUUGCUGCCCCUUGUCGUAUUGCAGAAGAACAUGCGAUGCAAAGAAUAAACCUCUUUUUUUUUCGCUACUGCCCUAUUGUGCUUAUGUUAAGUCUUCUCCAUCUCAUGAAUUUCUAAGUGAUAAACUUUCAUUGAUAGCCACCAUAUAAACUGCAUGUGUUUCGUAUAGUUGGUCUCGAUAGAGCUAAUGCAUUUUUUGUUCAUGGAAGGCAAGCAACCUGCUGCAACCAUGGGAGUAUACUGUUACUUGAUCAGCUCAUUUAAAGCCUCGCAAGAGAAGAGCCAAGCUCUGGCACUUGGACCUCCUUUGCUGGCAUCAGAACCUAGGCAACAAGCAGCUGAAGAAGAUUCAUCAGAAGAGCUUGAGGACAAGACUGAAUUAGAGUACUUAAUCCUGUACUGCUGCUGCUGCAGACGUUGAAGAAACCUCGCCCCCACCCGCUUCCCCUCCUCUCAGUCCCGGACCCUUCUCUGCCGCCCCCACCGCAUCCCUACCACCUACAAAUACACACAAGCCCCCUACUAGAGCGUCUCUUUCUCGCAUCGCUGUCGUCUUGCACCGCCGCCGCCGCUCCCUUCUCCUCUUCCUCCAUGCUGCUUUGCCGGACCUCGAUGACUGCACAUCAUUUUUUGGUGUUUACGAUGUCCAUGGAGGAAAAGCCAUCUCUAAAUUCUCUGCAAGGCACCUACACAAGCAAGUUCUCAUAAAUGAAGCAUCAUCAUCCGAUGAUUUAUCAACUUCUGUCCAUAAAGCUUUCUUAAGAAUGGAUGAGAUACUGAAAGGACAGGGGAUGGAGAGAACUGACUGAGCAUGAUAUGGAAACAAGUUCACGGGUAUGCUGGAGGGCAUGAUAUGGUCCCCCAAGGGUGGAGAUUCAGAUAACCUAGGGGAUGGCUGGGAUACUGAGGAGGGUCCAAAUUCGAACUUUCCUGGGCCAACAUCUGGAAGCACAGCUUGUGUGGCUGUCAUAAGAAAUGAUCAACUCAUCGUUGCAAAUGGCGGGGAUUCCUGCUGUGUUAUCUCACGGAAGGGUCAGGCUUACAGUUUGUCAACACAUCAAAAACCAUAUCUUGAGGGAGAAAAAGAGAGGAUUUUGAGUGCCAGCGGGUUUGUUGUUGCUGGACGGGUCAAUGGAAGCUUGAACUUGUUGAGAGCAAUGGGUGACAUGGAACUGAAGCAAAAUGAGCUUUUGCCAGCCGAGAGACAGAUUGUGACAGCUGAACCUGAGUUGAAAACAGUCAAACUUUCUGAGGAUGAUGAAUUCAUUGUUUUAGCAUGUGAUGACAUAUGGGAUUGCAUGUCAAGUCAAGAAGUGGUUGAUUUUGUACUUGUACAUAAACACUAAGUGUAGCACAUAGCUGUGUUUGAGGACAUUGCGUUCCAAAUGUUCAAAAAAUUCGCAGGAGGAUAAGCUAUCGACAGUGUGCGAGAAGUUGCUUGACCGUUGCCUGGCACCUACAUCUGGUGGGGAAGGAUGCGAUAAUAAUAUGACCGUGAUCGUUGUUCAGUUUAAGAAGCCAGCUUCGCCAGUUGCUACGUCUAGCGCCGAGCAAUCUGCUGCCACUUCAGAAGAGAUGCGGCCAAACGAGCUUGAUGGCCCGGACGACCCAUUGAAGUAGGCUCAAGUGGCACACGGUGCCGUGGAGUUCUAACCGGUGGUGGGCGAUUAGAAAAAAGCAUAGCAAGUGGUGUAUAUAAGAAAGGUAUUAUAUUCGACAAUCUGUUAUAGGGUUUGUUCUUUU